AUGGCGUUCCUGCAGGGGUUGUUGAAGUCGAAGAGGUUGCACUUCUGGUUCCGGCUGAAGAAUGGCGUGCCGAACUUCGUCACGGAUGACGGAUACAUUGGUCCUUGCGACCCGCUCGAAAUGCUCCAGCCAGUCUUCUACAUCUUCGUGCGCAUCACCGUGGCAGGGAUUACAGACGAAAGUGACAAGGAUUACGAGAUCAUCUUGCCAAAUCUGCCAACAGGACGUAUUGUUGUGAACACAGUGUUUUUGCACGGUGAUAUUCGAGUGAGGCCUUUCAAGGUCGAAGAUUUCCGAGAUGCCCUGGACAAGGAACGACUGCUUCCCGACGUAAUUGCAUUGGGCGCUUACCAGAUCAACCAUGUGUGGGCCGUCACCUUUAACAGCCAGGAGGCGACGAAGAGGUUGACUGAACUGAAAGAACUCCAGGUCAAGGGACGCCGCUGCCUCGUUAUCGACCCUCAGGAGCAGAAGGUGAGGCUGCGGCUUCACUGGCUGUUACACGGCGUUUCGGACGAAGAUGUCCACACGGCGUUGGCAGCGUUCGGGAAAAUUACAGAAGUGACCCGGGAACGCUGGCGUGUGGAAGGAGUAAAUGAGAAGAAUUCGACGACCCGCACUGUUUUCAUUAAGCUGAAAAGCGGUAUGAAAGUCGAAGACCUACCUCAUCAGAUACGAUUCGCCGGUGAAUUAGCCUUAGUGGUAGCCCCAGGUCGGCCUAUGCAAUGCCUGCGUUGCAGCGGAACAGGACAUGUGCGUCGCGAGUGUAAGGUGCCUCGGUGCUCUCGCUGCCGGCGUUUCGGGCAUGGAGACGCGGCAUGCGUCCGUUCGUACGCCGCACACACCCAGGCACCUCUUGUGUUUCUGCUGGACGCGUACCACAUUUUGCAGGUGUAUUUGUUGGCUGAAGCAGAUGAGAAGCCCAGUUCACUCAUAAGUCAUGGACAGAAGCGCUUCAGUCAUAGUGUGAAAACAACGUCCAAAUGUGAGCAGAAAGAUCAGAACAUCUGA